AUGGAUGUGUGCUGUGAGGUCUCAGACUCCGAUCCAGAUUACAGUGAUGAUGGCGGUCUAUUUUCAGACUGCGUCGAUGAUUACGACACAGAUGUGACUGGGGAGACCUCCAGCGAUGACAGCAGCAAUAGCGAGGACAGUCAUGAGGAGUGGGAUGACUACAAGCUCCCCCCUCCCGAACACUAUGCGGCGGAGGAAGCCAAUCUUGAUCCCUCAAAGCUUCGGGAGCGCCUCUAUAAGGACAGGACCAUUUACGGCAAGGAUAGAGCUCGCGACCACUGGGAGCGGUUCUGCGAAUAUAUGCACCGAGAUGUGUCCCACGCGUACCGCACCCUCUCGAUCCAAUCUCUCAAAGCCUUCUUCAGCUGGGCGUGCGACCAGCGUCGCGGUAAGGACGGGAGGAGGCGGUCGGGUAUCAGAAACAUAAGUUCCUUGGAGACGUUCUGGAAGCAGUAUUCGCAGGUCUACAAGGAGGACAAUGGCAAUGAUAUUGACCCCCUGAUCAUGAAACAGGCGCAGGAUGUGAUCAACCUUGUCGCCGACGAGAAGAAGCUCAGCCGCGAAAAGAGACUGAAAGCGACAAUGUAUGUCGAGGACCUGGCUGAGUACCUCCGCGUGCUUCUGACUACAACUGAUAUGCAUUUCCUGGUCGGCUGGGAGCGCAUCCAGCUGAUCUUGUUCUGUCAACUUGCGGGAUACACGGGACAUCGACCAGAAGCACUGACGCAGCUCCGCUAUCGACACCUGGAGCUCUCGCUAGUCAGGGACCCGGCUUCGAAUCUAGCGACCCUGUUCAUCGGACUGACCGGCGAGUUCACCAAGGCGUAUCUGGGUGACAAGGAUGCGAACACAUUCUGGCUCCCUGAGAUCAUCUAUGACCCGACUCUGGUGCUCAGCCCCCAUGUCUUCCUUCUGGGACUGCUGUUCCAUGCCAAGGCGUUCAAGUCCCCUUACAUCCGGUGCCCUGAGGACCUCUACGAUCUGGGCAUUCUGGAUGAGCUCAAUGAGCAGAAGAUCCCACUGCGAGAUGACCUGGCGGAGAACUUUCUCUUCUGCCAGGUGGUCCGCGAGGGAGAGGGCGUCCGAAUCGCGCAUGAGAUCAAGGCGACUACGGCAUCGCUGCGGAAUCGAAUGAAAAAGUGCGGCGAGAUCACUGGCUUUGAGUAUCCUGUGGGGCCGUACGCGCUCCGUCGCGCUGCUGGGAAGGAGUGGAAUGAGACGGACGUCAGCGAUUCUCUCCAGAACUUGAUGCUCCAGCACCAGAAGAUCGAUAUGUACCUCAAAUACUAUCUAGAUCGGAAUAUCAAUGUUGAUGUUAUGAAAACCUUCCGUGAUUCGUCUUUAGAUCAAUGUAUAGACGAAUCACGGAAAGCGCUCUUGAACCGGAUCUGCUCGAUGAUUCAAUCCAUUGACCCCCGGCGACCCUGGAAGCUGACGCCCGAGCAGUCAAAGUCAGUCAAUGAGCAGCCGCGCAUCCUCGCUCUGUCGAAGCGGGUUACGCGCCUCAAGAAGCAUGUUGACCGCUCCGCAAAGUGGCUCGGAGGCCGAACUGGCGAGAGGUACAAGCAACGCUUCAAGAUGGGCCGGCCUGGAGCAGAAAGGUACCGCAAGAAACUGAACAAGCAUGAGAGUACGGAUGACAAACAUCACCGGGCAGUUCGCCGGCUUCGCAGCGAGAAGCAACGCGCAAGGCUCCAGCUGAAGCGCGAGAUGCUGGAACGGUACCGAGAAGAACAGCCGCUGAAGGACAUCGCCCAACAACUGUCCGGAAAAUUGAUCGACGAAGAUGUGAAGGACGCAAUGGAAUGUUCGGACUGA